GCUUGUUCCACGCACAUACCACCUCCGCCUCUUUGCUGCCGCAGAAAAGACACACACCGACAGAGGGAUGGCGGCGCAGUCGCACCAGGUUCACCCGGAGGUGGUGCAGCGAUUAAACAAGGCAGAGGCAGCGCUUCACGAUGGCGUGCUCAUGAAACAAGGCUCCAUUCUGAAAAACUGGAAGGAACGCCACUUUGUGCUGUAUUCAUCGGGCCAGUUGAGGUACUUCAAGCAGCGAGGUCACAACCGACGAGUGUUGAGGGGAUCAAUUGAUCUGCAUCAGUGCACGGGCAUGACACAGGGAAGGCAACACACGGCGCCACCAAAUGGCUGGCCACCCCACGUCCCGGACCUGGCAUGCCUGGCCAUUCACGCGCCACGACGCACCUAUUACUUUUACGCCACAAACCGCGCGGAAAUGGACGUGUGGCUGGCGCACCUCGACCCCUUUGUACGCCGCAUUCGCCACGCCCAGCCAGAAUACCAGAACCUCAACGCCGAUCUACCCUAGCACAGGGUGUGGCGUGCUCCCGUUUCGCUCCACAGAGCACGCACGUCGGCACCCUGUGCUGUAGUUGAUUGUUGACCUUGUUUUGUCUUGUUUGUUGUUUUGUUUGUUUGCUUGUUUGUAUUUUUUCUGUUGCUCCCUGCAUCGUUGCUGCUGCUGCUGCUGCUGUUGCUGUUGUAUUUCAAGUCAACCCUGCGUGUACAUAACCCACUUGACGACUGCUACUAGAGGCCUCUUUUAAUCCACAUUUCAAAACGGCAAUAAUACAACAAAACGCAACUGUA